AUGAGCGUGCUCAUUAAUGUGAGUCAGACAGCUGUGUUUGUGUUCCCUGCCCCACCCCCCCACCCCCCACCCCCACCCACACCCAUCCCCCCACACCCACGCCCCCACCAACACCCACCCACAUACCCCUACCACGACCCCCCAUCCACAAUCACCCCCACCCACCCACACCCCCACACCCAUCCACACACCCAUACCCACCCCAACCUUCACACCCCGACCCCCACCCACACCCACUCCAACACCCACACCCACUCACACACCCACACCUCCACCCACACCCACACCUCCACCCACAACCACACCUCCACCCACACCCACAUUCGCACCCACAUCCACACUCCCACCCACACCCACAACCCCCUUUAG